AAUAAUAAUAAUAAUAAUAAUGAAAAUUCACAAACAAAACAUCGUGUUACUAUUCGUGAACAAUAUCCAACGAAUGAAUUUAAUCAAACAUUAUCAUCACAACAAAUAAAUAAUGAUGAUCAACGUAUUCUAGCGGAAUAUCAACAGAUUAUGCAGAAUCGUCCUGAUCUACAUAAUGAUCCAAAUCCUCAAAUGAUUACAAAACCAAAUCCCGAUCAAGUAACUUAUCAACAAAAUGUUUCUAUUCGAUAUCUUGUUCCACCAACACCUCCUCCGCCUGGACCAUUAAUUAUUCGAGAAGUUGUUCCUCCACGUCCACCAACACCUCCUCCAGUCGUAAUCAAAUAUCAAGAACCAUCACCACCAACUCCUCCACCUCUUAUUCUUCGCGAAGCUCCACCACCACCACCUCCACAACAAGAACCAACAGUUAUAACUAAAGUUUUACCUCCUGAACCUCCAUCAUCACGACGUGUAAUUGUCGAACAUAAUGCACCGUUACCACCAAAACCUCAACCAGUUAUUAUUGAAAAAUGGUUACCAUAUAAACCAGCACCACCACGUGAAGUUAUUUAUGAACGUGUUAUGGGAAAUCCAGCUACAGCAGAAUUUCAAGCAACUACUAUGAAUACACAACAACAACGACAACGUCGUCAUUCAGCUGAAUUUCAUUCAAGUUCAUCACGUACACAAAUACCAGUUAAUCUUCAACGACGAAAUUCUGUUGAACAUUUAAAUACAGAACAUAUUACUCAACAACAAUCAGGCGCAUUUAAUGAAUUAGCAUGGAGAGCACAACAACAACUCUUUGCUAUACAACAACGUAAUAGAGAACAAAUGCAAGCACAUCAACAAUGGGCAGCUAAUCUAUGGCAACAAAAUUCAAAUCGAUUUUUACAAUAUCCAACUCAAUUAACAACAUCACCUUUGGUUGUUUAUCAUCCACCUGUUGCAAUGAAUACGGCUGCAUAUGCACAAAGACACGAAUAUCACCAACAACACAGGCAAGAAUAUCAUCAUCAUCAUCAUCAUCAACAUCAACAACAACAACAACACGUACAAUAUAAUCCAACUAUUAUUUAUCCUUUUGUUUAA